AUGUACGUGAUCUUUGUCUCGCAUCAGUGGCUUAGCUCUGUGCAUCCUGACCCGAUGGGCCAGCAAGUAGAGGUCCUACAGAGGCUACUGCAUGGAAUCAUCGACGGCUCGGUGGCGGUGCAUGAGGACAUCAUCUCGCGCACGGACGAAAGGAGCUUGACGCCCAGAGACCGGCAACAUGUUGCUGAAGGCUUUCUCUUCUUUGACUGGUAUGCAAUACCGCAGAUCACGGCCAGGCAGGCUGGCAUCAAUGAGGAAGCCACGAAGACGGACGCUGCUCUGGCGGUUCAAAGCAUUCCUGCUUAUGUUGAGCUUUCUAACUUGUUUAUUGCGCUGGUGCCGGAGCUGACGCACAAAGAUUCUGCUCAGCUGGUGAACUAUGGGUCGUGGCUUUCGAGGGGUUGGUGUCGAGCAGAGCUCUGGUGCAGACUUCUGUCAAACAAGGCCGAUACAUCUGUCAUCGUGGCUUACUCUCCGAAGGAAGCUGAGUUCAUGUUCCCGCUUGACUGGCAGAACAACAGCAUAGUCGAGGGGCAGUUCACGGUGGAGGCCGACAGAGCUGAGGUGGUACGGCUGGGCGAGAUGGCAGUGCACAGCAAGAUCCAGCACCUGCAGGCGCAAGGGCCGCUCAGCCUGUACAGAUUUUACGCGGCUCUCCGCCCAUCACUUCUUUGUCAGCAGCGGAAGGACCGAAGCGUGGACGAGUUCUUGGGGGUCUUCCGUUUUGACACCUUGGCAGAUGCAGCGUGCGAUGCCAGCAGCAUGAAUGCAGUCAUGUGCGCCGUCCUCUCUGGGGAUACCAGCAUGCUCCGGCUGCUAGCUGGACUGAGAGCGGACAUGAACAGUGCAAUCCAGGGUAUGGGUGACGUGGGAUACUACGACACGCAGAAUGCACUCAUGGUUGCAGCGAAAUCGCAACAGGAAGCUCCCCUACUUGCUACCCU